UUAAUUUGGUGAUUUGUAUUGGCGCCUUUGGCAACAUAUUGAAGCUCAAAAUCGAAUCAAAUACAUUUGUUUUGCUAGUAGUAGUACUAGUGGUUUUGAAUUUGUUGACUGUUGAGACCGAGACAACGAAUAAUUGUAGCCGAACAUUAAAAGACUUUUAGAAAAAGUCGCCAUUCGGUCUAACAGUGUCAGUAGUUAUACUUAUUAGUCAUAAUCAACAAAUCGUAGUUAAACUAUAAUCAUGGGAAAGGACCCCGAAACAGCAGGAGGACCCGAAACCGCAGGAGGACCCCCAAAAGAGGCGGAGAACAGAUUAAGAUGGGGCAGUCACUUGGAGUUCCUACUGGCAGCUGUGGGAAUGGCUGUGGGCACCGGUAAUGUGUGGAGGUUCCCCUACCUGGCUCAGAAGAACGGAGGAGGAGCUUUCCUCAUCCCGUAUUGUAUAAUGCUAGCUGUUGAGGGAAUACCACUGAUGUUCAUGGAGCUAUCUCUGGGUCAGCGUCUUCAGCAGGGCUCUAUCAAGACAUGGAGUAAAAUAAGACCUUAUCUAAAAGGUAUCGGAAUCGCGCAAGUAGUGGUAUCAUUCAGUAUGACAGUGUACUAUCCCAUCGUCAUGACGUGGUGCAUGUACUACUUCUAUCUCUCUUUCAGUAACCCGCUCCCUUGGGUGAAAGAAGAGUGUGAUGCAGCGAGAGCUGACUACAGCUGUUGUUUGAAUGACUCAGCUAAACACUUCUACUACGUUUCCGCCCUGCAAGUCACCAGCUCGAUCAGCGAUAACGGUGGUUUUGUUAACGGUGUGGUCAUCUGUUGGGUCAUCAGCUGGGUUAUGACUUAUGCUUGUCUUUUCAAGGGUCCUGAAUCGCUGGGAAAAGCUGCCUAUUUCACUGCGACAUUCCCUUACCUGGUCCUCUUCUGUCUUUUCUGUCGAGGUGUCUCUCUAGAGGGAGCAGGAAGAGGAAUCAAGGUUUUGUUCACUCCGGACUUCUCCGUUCUUUACGAUCCAAAUGUGUGGAUGGAUGCAGCUGGACAGAUUUUCUACAGCUUGAGCGUUGGGUUUGGAGCUUUGAUAUGUUUUGCGUCCUACAAUCCGAUAAAAAACGACUGUCGCAAAGAUGCCAUCUUCAUUUCGUUGGUCAACUGUGGAACUUCAGUGUUUUCGGGAAUUGUAGUUUAUUCGAUACUCGGUUUUAGAGAGGUCAGUACAGGAAUAAAGGUAGCUGAUGUGGAGGGGGGACCAGGUCUGGCUUUUAUCGCUUACACAACAGCAGUAGCUGAGAUGCCGCUACCUCAGCUCUGGGCAGCAGCUUUCUUCUUUAUGAUGGUUACUCUGGCAUUGAACUCGGAGUUCGGGACUGUGGAGGCUUGUAUUACUCCCCUGAGGGACUUUAAACUGUUUUCUAAGAUCUCCAGAGAGUUGCUGUGUUUGAUCGUCUGUUGUGUAAUGUUUUUGGUGGGAUUGCCCAUGUGUUGCCGCAACGGUCUGUACGUGUUCAACCUGUGGGACAACUACUCAGUCACCAUUCCCUUGCUAUGUGUUGGGGCUAUGGAAUGCAUAGCGGUCAUGUGGAUAUACGGCAUGCCAAGGUUCCUGAAGGACAUAGAAUAUAUGACUGGUACGGUACCCAACAAAUACUGGCAGAUCUGCUGGAAAUGGGUCUCUCCAGCUCUUAUCAUCGUUGUGCUGCUGUCGAGUAUGAUCAAGAAGAUGAUAGUCCCUGAAACAUAUGAAUCCUUCGUGGGCUGUAUAGAUUCACCCAUCAACGACAACAUCCCAGGAACUAAGAACUGGAACAGACUCAUUCCUUUCACUUGGUGGGCUCAGAUCUUCGCAGCUCUGAUGGUUAUCGCCCCUGUAAUGUGGAUGCCGGUGUUCGUUAUUUGGAAGUGGAAGGCAGAUAUAGUCCCCAUACCUUAUCUGCAGGGAAUGAUUGACGAGGGGAUGGUUGUGAAGGAUAAACCGUUCUGUUUCGGUAAAGAGGUUCGCAAGUUCAAGGAAAAUAUUGGACUGAAAAGUAGCAGACCUGCUGCGCAGAACGGGGAGGGUUAUGUGGUUCAGAACAUGACCGCAACCAAUGGUAUUAAUCCUGAUAAUACAGGAUCGAAAGUAUGAUCACAUGACCGGGUAGUCUUUGCUAGCACUGGACUUACUUCGAAGCCAUUUACCUACACAACCUUUACCAUCGUGGCUCCUAUAUAUAUAAAUUAUAAAGAACGGAUUGAAUCUAGAAGACUUUAAAUAAGAUGAUACGAUUUCUGGAUACAGAACAAUACUUUAGGAAAAAAUGUAAAAUAAGAAUGAAAACUAGAUUAAAUCUAGUACUAGUAGAUUUACUGUGUAUAUCUGAUAUUGUAUUUAAACAAAACCCAAAAUUGGGUAGA